AUGGCCAGUCCGUUUUCGAACCUUCGUCCACCUGCCACGCUGCCAACCGAGGGUAAUUCCGGCCUGCUAACCGCGCCGGAACCCUCGAACGGUCUGCCACCACCGAUCGCACGCAGAAACUCGGAACUGCCGCCGGGGAAACGGCAAUCCCCGUUGAAACUGUCCAUACCCACCCCGAGGGCUUCCUUUUCGAGCGGUUCGUCGGAUGGGGCUGCACGGCAGGCGGCGACGGCUCCCAUUAUCGGUGGACAGCUGCCGCCGUUUGCCCACACCGGCAGUCCCCAUCUGAACGAGUUCCAUCAGGGAGCUUUCACCGACUUUGACACGCUGGAAUCGCCGAUGCUGCAGCUAAGCCCAGACCAUUCACCGAUCAUGACGCAGUUGAUGGAAGCGACCAGUCCCGGGACGGCCUCCAGCCAGGGAAGCAAUGGAUCUUCAAUUUCACGCCUGAUGCGUUUCAGUCCCGCCCUGCAUCAUCACGCCGGCCCCAUCGCACCCGCCUUCCCCACCGAGAUGUCCGAUAUAGCCGACACUGGUUCGCCCACACUGCCGACACGACACAAUUUGUUCGCCACCUCAAAUGGACCACUAGCGUCCACCACAUCCGGAUCUCUAGCAAGCGCAACGUCGACCAGCUCGAUGACCACAUCGCAGGAGUUGUUGAACAGCAGCAGGAGCAGCAGCAAAAGCUCCAAGCUGUCGUCGUCCACGUCAUCCUCCAGCACCACCACGAAGCAUGUGGAGAAGAGUUCCUCCUCCACGCAGCGCAUGUCCUCCCUAACGUCCUCCUCCAGCAGUACCACAUCGACCGCGGCGGUCAAGCAGAACCUCGGCGAGAUGCAAAACUCGAUGGCCGAAAUGAAGAACAUGAUGGGGCACAGUAGCAGCACCUCGCAGAACCUGUCCACCACAUCGUCAUCGUCCAUCAAAUCGUCCGCCCUCACGAACCAUCUGCAGGCCCGCAAGAUGUCGGCCAAGCUGAACGACAUUAAGACGAGGUUACGCUCGUCGAUGGACAGUCUCGAUGAUCCGCAGGCGGAUCCACUGGUAACCUUCCCCGACUCGGAAACGGACGACGAUCUGUCCAGCAUGGCGUCGAGCUUGAAACCGCUCGGCGCGAACGGUGGCAGCGGCAUGCUCGUACCGAACGGUCACCAUCACCAGGCGCUCGUGAACGGUUGUGCCGGCACGGUCGAUACGGUCAAGUUCGAGCAGAAGAAAAUGACGUCCGAGUCGAAGACGAAGGUGACGACGGACGGGUUCAGCAGCGAGCAGGCCACUAUUAACUCUGCCGAGUCGAAGAAGAUGCAGGCCGGUGAGCUGCAGUAUCAGGAGCAGGCCGCACUCGCCGCCAUGAGCAGCCGGAUGGAGGUGAACGGUGUGACGGCCGAAGAGAAGGGUGCCAUACUGAAGGAAGCGCGAUCGGUGAAAAUGGGCGACUUCCAGCAGGCCGAGGCAAACAACAUUGCAGCUCACAGUCGCAAAGUACAGAGCGACCACUUCAGUGCGGAAAAUAAGGCAAUCUCGCAGGCACAGCAAAAGCAGACGGUUUCAUCGAGCGGUAUCUUCAACCAGGAAAAGCACGUCUCCUCCACAACGCAAUCGACGUUCACCAUGUCCAACACCAGCACGAUCAGCUCGUCGUCGCAGAUGAGCACACUGUCCUCGUCGUCCGCCAUGAACGGGUUGCUCGGUGAUGAGUUUCCCUCGUUCGAAGAUUUCGAACGGUUGACAAACACACCGGAGGAGGUCGAUAACACGAUCAUGAAGUACUCGAAGCAUUUGGCCGGCUACGUGCAGAACCUGCAGCAGACGGAGCAACUGAAGAAGGCGCCGACGCUGUUGAACCACAUGAACGAAAUCAUCCGGCGGGCGUGGGCCGUACCAACGCACGGGCACGAGCUCGGUGCGAGCCUGUGCGACACACUGCGCAAUACCGGUGGGCUCGACAUACUGAUGCGGAACUGUGUGGAUAACGAUUCGGAGGUGCAGUUCUCAUCCGCACGCCUCCUGGAGCAGUGCCUUACGACGGAGAACCGCACGCACGUGGUAAAGAACGGGCUGGACAAGGUGGUGAAUGUGGCGUGUGUCUGCACCCGCAACAAUGCGACCGAUCAUUCGCGCGUCGGUACCGGCAUCCUGGAGCAUCUGUUCAAGCACAGCGAAGACACCUGCUCGAACGUGAUCCGACUCGGUGGCUUGGACGCGGUACUGUUCGAGUGCAGGAAGAACGACAUCGAAACGCUGCGACACUGUGCGGGAGCGCUGGCGAACCUCUCGCUGUACGGUGGGUCGGAAAACCAGGAGGCGAUGAUUAACCGCAAGGUACCGUCCUGGCUGUUCCCGCUCGCCUUCCACAACGACGAAAACAUCAAGUACUACGCGUGCCUAGCGAUCGUGGUGUUGGUCGCGAACAAGGAGAUCGAGGCGGAGGUGAUCAAAUCCGGCACACUGAACCUGGUGGAACCGUUCGUCACGACGCACAAUCCGUCGGAGUUUGCAAAAUCCAAUCUCGCGCACGCGCACGGUCAAAGCAAACACUGGCUGCAGCGGCUAGUGCCGGUGCUGAGCUCCAAGCGCGAGGAGGCCCGCAAUCUGGCCGCGUUUCACUUUUGCAUGGAGGCGGGCAUCAAGAAGGAGCAGGGCAACACGAACAUUUUCAAAGAGAUUGGCGCAAUCGAGCCGCUGAUAAGGGUGGCGAGUUCGCCCAACGCGAUCGCAUCCAAGUUUGCCGCCCAAGCGUUACGGCUGAUUGGCGAGGAGGUCCCGCACAAACUGUCCCAGCAGGUGCCGCUCUGGUCGACGGAGGAUGUGCGGGAGUGGGUGAAGCAGAUCGGGUUCGGGGAGUAUGAGCAAAGCUUUUACGACUCGAAGGUGGACGGGGAUCUGCUGCUGCAGAUGCAGGACUGCAAUCUGUGCAACGACAUCGGCAUGAAGAACGGCAUCCUGCGGAUACGGUUCCUACGGGAGCUGCAGAACCUGAAAAAGAUGGCCGACUACAGUUCGCGUGAUCCGGACGGUCUGCAUGCCUUCCUGAGCCGGAUCGGGCCGGAGUAUACGAUCUACACGUACACGAUGCUGAAUGCGGGCGUGGACAUCGAAUCGCUCCGAACGCUCGACGAGGAUCAACUGACGGCAACGUGCGGCAUCACGAACGCAAUCCAUCGGUCCCGCAUCCUGCAGGUGAUCAAGAUGAACGAAUCGAUACCUUCCUUCCGCUCGGAGCAGAGCACGGAGAAAAGCUUGGACGUGUUCGUUAGCUACCGCCGCAGCAACGGCUCCCAGCUGGCCAGUCUGCUGAAGGUGCAUCUCGAGCUGCGCGGCUUCUCCGUCUUUAUCGACGUGGAGCGACUGGAGGCGGGCAAGUUUGACAACAAUCUGCUGCAGAGCAUCCGGCAUGCGAGACACUUCCUGCUUGUGCUAACACCGGAGGCUCUGAACCGUUGCGUGGAUGACGUCGAGUGUAAGGAUUGGGUUCACCGGGAAAUCGUGGCCGCCCUCAACUCCGAAUGCAACAUCAUUCCCAUCAUCGACAACUUCCAGUGGCCGGAGCCGGAAAAGUUGCCCGAAGACAUGCGCGGCGUGUGCCAUUUCAAUGGAAUACGCUGGAUCCACGACUAUCAGGAUGCCUGUGUGGACAAAGUGGAAAGGUUCAUGCGAGCAGAAGCAAACGGUCGCGGAGGUAUGAUGGACCAUGGGAGCCGGCUGCACUGUCGCCAGCCGGGCGAUGCAACACCCUCGUCCGCCAUCUACCAGCGCAUGCACAGCAACGAUUCCGGCAAGAGCAGCGACAAAGAAAACAGCCGUAAUCUCGAAUGA